AUGGAAUCGAGCAAUAUUGAUAUUGCGGACUUCGACGAAGAGGAAGACCAACCAGACCCUUUCGCACAAUUCUUCUCUAUUCAUCCUGCGUUGGGAGUUCCGCACGAAAUCGCAUCUGAUAUCUACCCUCAAUUGUUCGACGCCUUCUUCCACAGCGAGAUCUUUGGCCGCUGGCUUCGUCGUAAAAAUGCAUGGCAGUUGUAUAUUAUAGGCGGGCCUGGAGUUGGCAAGACAACAAUGGCUUCCUUGACGAUCAAACGAAUCCGUGCAGAAUAUGAACAAUCAUUCGGAACCAAGACUCAUGUUUCUGCCCUGUUCAUACGCGAUGGUCCUAUUGAGAAUGAACUUGCUUUCCUAGAAGAUUCUCUGAGCGAGGUCUACCGGAAGUUCACCCCUCCUGGGCUGCUGGCAGACCAUACUGCUUCAAACAUGUAUGAUAAGUACACCUAUGCGCAAAACGCUGGUAGGCGAGUCUCCGUACGCAUAGAUCUGAUUAGCCAAGCGCUCCAACAAAGGUGUAGGGAGAUCCAAGAGACAGGCUGUGCUUUCCUCGUGAUCGACAACAUUGAGCAAUGCAGUCCGUCUUUGACAGAGUUGUUACUCCGCCAAUUCUCCGUCCUGCAGCAACAGGGUGUAGGGGUUUUGAUCACUUCGAGGCUGCGGAGACAUGGCAAACUGGAAGAGGUGUACUGUGACUUUCACGAACCAGAUUUUGAUGAGAGUCGCUUGCAAUUCUAUCGCCGUUGUAUAGAUUGCGAAAAGCAUUAUGUCUGUGAAACGUGCGAUGAUGCAGAGAAGAUUUGCGUUCAAUGUGGCCCUAACACGGCGUGGGCAGAACCGGAGCAUUUGGAGUUGGUAAUUGAUUCAAUACGUGAAAGUUCCAUGAAGAGCUUCAUUGCCUGGGAUCUAGAGCGUGAACAUGGAGAGCUCGGGCUUGGGUCUGACGCGCAUAAGCCUCCGCUAUCGUCAUUCGGCAUCGCCUUUCGGAAAGCAAAAACAGGGAUUGCUGGCCGCAAAUGGGUACAAGAGAUUUACGAGAGCGUAAAUGGAAGCGUUGUACAGACAAAGCUUGCCCUUGACCGGAUACACAGCGCACCUUCGCCGGACGCCAUCACCUUCAGCCCAAAUCGCAUCCCAGCAAAUGUGCAGGCGCUUUUGCAUGCUGCCAUAAAGGAUAUUGAGAAACAACCAACAAGUCAGCGUGAUCUAGCGCUCAAAAGCAUAGCGGCCGUUGGCAAGCAGGGAGAGGAGGACGUGGGAAUUACCCUAUCGCGACUUGCGGGCCUGCUCAAAGGACGACCUCAUAUAUCGUCAAAAGCAGGUGUUCCACCUCGUAGUGCUGAAGAUAUCUUUGCAUCGACCAAGGGUUAUCUCAGACUCAUGCCGCCGGGUUAUGACGAAGUGGAAUAUGCAAUAGUUGCCUUCAAUAGGGUGUUGUUCCGCUACGCCAACGAAGACUACAAUGACGCCUUGCUGUGGAGCCUUCAUGGCAGGACGUCGUUGGAGAGCUCAAGCGCUUCGAAUCGCCAAAGCUUCUAG